GGGGGGUCUCCAAGGAUAUAAGAGCUGAAAGUGUUUAGAGGUCACCUAGUCGAACUCCAUUUUAAAUAUAAGGAAACUGAGACACAGAAAGAAGAAUUGACUCAUCUGAAAAAAUAAAAGGCAUAGAUCUUGCAUUUGAACUUGAGUCUUCUAACUCUAAAUCUAGUGUUUUCUCCAUUACAAAAUAUGGGAUGACCAAAUUUCCAUUUUGUUAACUUCUCACUUCCUUUCCUUGUAGAUAUAUCAGAUGUAUGGAAUCAGAAAACCAAACGUAUGUAUCAGGAUUUCUCCUCCUGGGAAUUUCUGAAAAGGAAGAACAGCAGAUGCCCCUCUUUGGGCUCUUCCUGGGCAUGUACUUGGUCACUGUGUUUGGGAAUGUUCUCAUCAUGCUGGCCAUUGGCUCAGACUCCCACCUCCACACUCCAAUGUACUUUUUUCUCUCCAAUCUGUCCCUGGUGGAUCUCUGUCUAGUUACUACCUUGGUACCCAAGAUGCUGGUGAACAUGCUAACACAAAAUAAGGCCAUCUCAUAUGCUGGAUGCUUUGCUCAGAUGUACUUCUUUAUGAAUUUUGCUUGUUCAGACAAUUUACUUCUUACUGUCAUGGCCUAUGACCGCUUUGUGGCCAUCUGUCACCCUCUACACUAUGUCACUCUGAUGAGUCCACGCAUUUGUAGUCUACUGAUUCUGAUCUCAUGGUCUAUAAGUAUUCUAAUCUCCAUUUUUGAAAUUUUAAUGACGAGGAGACUGUCUUUCUGCAAAGAACGUGAAAUUUCCCACUUUUUCUGUGAUCUUAGUGAAGUUAUAAAGAUUUCCUGUUCUGACACCCUCAUCAAUAACAUAGUAGUAUAUUUUGCAACUGGUCUCCUGGGUAUUCUCCCCCUCACAGGGAUCCUUUUCUCUUACUCUCAGAUAUGCUCCUCAAUAUUAAAAGUACCAUCACCGGGAGGAAAAUAUAAAGCCUUUUCUACCUGUGGGUCUCACAUCUCUGUUGUUUCAUUAUUCUAUGGAACAGGUCUUGGAGUUUAUCUGAGUUCUGCAACUACCCAAUCCUCUCGAAAUAUCUCAAUUGCCUCAGUGAUGUAUUCUGUGGUAACCCCAAUGUUGAACCCCUUCAUUUAUAGCCUGAGAAACAAGGAUAUAAAGGAUGCUCUGAAGAGGAUCAUUAGUGGAACCACAUCCCCUUAGUGACUGGGAAUGGCCCAAGGAAUAUGACAUCAGUAUCUGAGGUCAAGAGUCUAGCAGACAGAGGGGCAGCUGGGUGACUCAGUGGAUUGAGAUCUAUGCCUAGAAGCAGGAGAUUCUGGGUUUAAAAAUAGCCUCAGAUACUACUCAAUUGUGUGACCAUGGACAAGUCAUAUAGCCCCCAUUGCCGUAUUGAUUCUAAGAUGAAAUUAAGGGAUUUUUUUAAAUAGAAAGUAGUCUGGCAGACUGAAAUCUUGGAUUCAAAGUGUGAAAUCCAAUGACUGUCUAUCAUCCCACUUCAAUGACUGUAUAAUCUCUUUGCUGUCACUCAUACAUUUUUUCCUAAUAUCUAUUUCAGGACUUUCUUUGAUGUUCCAGUCUGAUUUUCAUAACAUAUUCUGUCAUAACAUCCAUUCAUUCCAAAGUAACACUAGAUAUAGAGUUUGGAGAGACCUUUUUUCUAGUCUUUGGGUCAUAUUUGUAUACUUUGGAUAAGGCACUUAUUUCAUUUUAGCCUUAAUGUUUUCAUUUGUGUACACGACCAUUAAAGGAACUGUCUCUCCACAAGACUAAUACCUCUCUGUGAAUCAAAUGAAAUGAUGGAAGAAAAAGCAUCUAAAAAGUUGUAAAUUCCUAUAAAAAUUCAGAAACAAAAAGGAAUUGGAGCAGAGGGAGUUUUCAUUUUGUUGUUAUUCAUGCUCCCACCAUCAGAUACAUACUUUCCUCUCCUUAGUUUCCUGUGUU